AAUGCACUAUUUAAAAAAAAAUCAAAAGCAAUGCAAAAAUUCAUGAUGAACAAAUGAUCAGCAUUUGAAAUACAGACAGGAUCCCAACCUGCACUUGCAUGACUUUGUCUCGCUUGCCUCACCCUCAUUUCAGCCUUGACACUCCAAUUAAACUUUAUUUACAAAACAAGGGGGCCGGCCAGCAGGAUGUUUGCCCCUACGACUUUUUUAAAGUAUCACAUUAACUACUGUUUAUCUCGAUGACUGAAGGGUUCUUUUGGCAUCCCUGUAACAAAUGCGUCUCACCCUAGUUCUGCUCCAAGGGUUUUUGUCCAGGCACACCGUGACCUCACCCUUCCUACCCACUCCGAGGCCUCUGUCAGGGUCCAGCGUUCAAGUCCCGGGUGUCCUCUGGACCCGCCCCUUCCUCCUGCCGGGUCAGGUGCCGAGGGCGAGCCCGGGCGGCGCGGAGAGCGGUCCCGGCCAGCCCUCCACGACUCCUCCCCCUGCGCGCUGGGCCACUCAGCUGCUCUGCCGCCCAGCGCGCCGGGGCCCAGACCCCGCCCCGGCCCCGCCUCCGACGCCUGCCGCUCCGGCGCCGGCUCCCCCUAUAUAAAUCGGCCAUUUGCUUCGCUCCGCCCCGCAGCGCCGGAGUCAAAGCCGGUUCCCGGCCUAGUCCCGUCCCGCAGCAGCCUGCCUCUUCUUUCCUUUCAACAUGACAGAUGCCGCUGUGUCCUUCGCCAAGGACUUCCUGGCAGGUGGAGUGGCCGCAGCCAUCUCCAAGACGGCGGUAGCGCCCAUCGAGCGGGUCAAGCUGCUGCUGCAGGUGCAGCAUGCCAGCAAGCAGAUCACUGCAGAUAAGCAAUACAAAGGCAUUAUAGACUGCGUGGUCCGUAUUCCCAAGGAGCAGGGAGUUCUGUCCUUUUGGCGCGGUAACCUGGCCAAUGUCAUCCGAUACUUCCCCACCCAGGCUCUUAACUUCGCCUUCAAAGAUAAAUACAAGCAGAUCUUCCUGGGUGGUGUGGACAAGAGGACCCAGUUUUGGCGCUACUUUGCAGGGAAUCUGGCAUCGGGUGGUGCCGCAGGGGCCACAUCCCUGUGUUUUGUGUACCCUCUUGAUUUUGCCCGUACCCGUCUAGCAGCUGAUGUGGGUAAAGCUGGAGCUGAAAGGGAAUUCCGAGGCCUCGGUGACUGCCUGGUUAAGAUCUACAAAUCUGAUGGGAUUAAGGGCCUGUACCAAGGCUUUAACGUGUCUGUGCAGGGUAUUAUCAUCUACCGAGCCGCCUACUUCGGUAUCUAUGACACUGCAAAGGGAAUGCUUCCGGAUCCCAAGAACACUCACAUCGUCAUCAGCUGGAUGAUCGCACAGACUGUCACUGCUGUUGCUGGGUUGACUUCCUAUCCAUUUGACACUGUUCGCCGCCGCAUGAUGAUGCAGUCAGGGCGCAAAGGAACUGACAUCAUGUACACAGGCACGCUUGACUGCUGGAGGAAGAUAGCUCGUGAUGAAGGAGGCAAAGCUUUUUUCAAGGGUGCAUGGUCCAAUGUUCUCAGAGGCAUGGGUGGUGCUUUUGUGCUUGUCUUGUAUGAUGAAAUCAAGAAGUACACAUAAGUUAUUUCCUAGGAUUUUUUCCCCUGUGAACAGGCAUGUUGUAUUAUAUAACAUAUCUUGAGCAUUCUUGACAGACUCCUGGCUGUCAAUUUCUCAGUGGCAACUAUUUACUGGUUGAAAAUGGGAAGCAAUAAUAUUCAUCUGACCAGUUUUCUCUUAAAGCCAUUUCCGUGAUGAUGAUGGGACUCAAUUGUAUUUUUUAUUUCAGUCACUCCUGAUAAAUAAAUUUGGAGAAAUAAAAAUAUCUAAAAUAAA